AUGAGCACCAGCAGCAGCACCAUGGCGGCCGCGGUGAGAUUCGCCGGGGCGAUCAAUAUCCGGAGGAGCCACUGCAGGGUGGAGGCCGUGGCGACGUCGUCGGCGAGAGGAGGUCGUGCCUGCUCGGAGCGCAGCACGAAGGACUACUACAAGGUGCUGUCGCUGGAGCACUCGGCGGCCGUCGGCGCGGAGGAGAUCAGGCGCGCGUACCGGCAGCUGGCGAGGCGCUACCACCCCGACGUGUGCCCGCCGUCGCGCCGCGCCGAGUCCACGGAGCGCUUCCUCGAGCUGCGGCGGGCGUACGAGACGCUCGCCGACCCGGCGCAAAGGGUACGGUACGACGCCGAGAUGAGGGCGGACGGGGAGGCGGCGAGGCAGGGCGGCGUGCAGUUCCCGAGGGACGUGUGGGAGGCGCAGCUGGGCGCGCUGCGCGCGCGCUCCGAGCAGCGGCAGAGGGCGAGGAGUGGAGGCGUCCGAUCCGCCGUCAGCCGGCCGGUCUGA